UCAACUUUCUCUUUUCUUUUCUCAUUUCUUUUCUCAUUUCAAAUCAAACCAAAACAAUGAAUCCUUCGUCAACUCUCACACCUUCUUCUCUCAUUCCAUCACCCUUCCCUUUCCCACUCUCUUCAUCCACCAAACGACACCGUUUCAAACUCCCACUCCCUCGCUCAUCAUCCUCCUCCUCCGUUCCUCCGCCCAAAGACCUCACCGGAAUCGAAAACGUCGUCGACAAACUAUCACCACCACUCCGUCUCGCUACAUCCGCCGUUGUUAUUGCCGGCGCAGUAGCCGCGGGAUUUCAUCUCGGCUCCAAAUUCGGUGGAAGUCGAAAUGCUGCUGUUGGAGGAGCUGUUGCUUUGGGUGCGGCUGGUGGUGCGGCUGCGUAUGCUCUUAAUGCCAUGGCGCCGCAGGUUGCGGCCGUGAAUUUGCAUAACUAUGUUGCUGAUCUUGAUCAUCCUUUGUUGUUGAAGAAGGAAGACAUUGAGAAUAUCGCCAAUAGGUAUGGUGUGAAAAAGGAGGAUGAGGUCUUUAAAGCAGAGCUUUGUGAUAUAUAUAGAGAGUUUGUGUCGUCUGUGCUUCCUCCUGUUGGUGAGGAACUUCAAGGUGACGAGGCUGAUAGGAUUAUCAAAUUUAAGAAUGCUUUAGGAAUUGAUGAUCCAGAUGCAGCUGAUAUACAUAUAGAGGUUGGUAGAAAAAUUUUCAGGCUAAGGCUUGAAGUUGGGGAUCGUGAAGCGGAUAUUGAGCAACGCAGGGCAUUUCAGAAGUUGAUAUUUGUGUCAUAUCUCGUUUUUGGAGAAGCAUCAUCUUUCCUUCUACCUUGGAAGCGUAUUUUCCAGUUCACUGAUUCACAGGUUGAAGUAGCUAUACGUGACAAUGCCCACCGGUUGUAUGCUUCCAAGCUGAAAUCCAUUGGAAGAGAUAUUGACCCUGAACAACUUGUUACACUUCGAGAAGCUCAACAUCAGUAUCGUCUAUCUGAUCAGCUUGCUGAAAACUUGUUCAAGGAGCAUACAAAGAAAUUGAUUGUGGAAAAUAUUUCAGUAGCACUUGAUAUACUUAAAUCCUGCACAAGAACUGUUCCUGGAGUUAGCCAAGCGGCAGAGGAGCUUGAUAAGAUCAUGGCAUUCAAUAAUUUACUCAUAUCGUUAAAGAACCAUGUGGAUGUCGAUCUCUUUGCCCGAGGUGUUGGCCCAGUUUCUUUUCUGGGUGGCCAGUAUGAUGGUGAUAGAAAGAUAGAGGACUUGAAACUUCUUUACAGAGCAUAUGUUACUAAUGCUUUGGCCGGUGGUCGCAUGGAAGAUAAUAAGCUUCCUGCACUAGCUCAGUUGAGGAAUAUUUUUGGGUUGGGUAAUCAUGAAGCAGAAGAUAUUACAAUUGAUGUUACAGCCAAAGUAUAUCGCAAACACCUUGCAAAAGCUUUUUCUGGUGGUGAAUUAGAAAUGGCAGAUAGCAAAGCAGCAUUCCUUCAAAAUUUAUGUGAUGAAUUGCAGUUUGAUCCACUAAAGGCCUGUAAAAUUCACGAAGAAAUUUACCGCCAAAAGCUUCAGCAGUUGGUGGCUAAUGGAGAGCUUGGUGAGGAGGAUGCUGCUGCUUUGUUGAGAUUGCGUGUAAUGCUCUGUAUUCCUCAACACACUGUUGAAGCAGCUCAUUCAGAUAUCUGUGGCCGUUUGUUUGGAAAGGUUGUCAUGGAAGCGAUUGAAUCAGGGGUUGAUGGAUAUGAUGCUGAAAUUAGGAAAUCAGUACGAAAAGCAGCACAUGGUUUGCAAUUAACCAAGGAAAUUGCUAUGUCUAUUGCAAGCAAGGCUGUAAGGAAGAUGUUUAUUACUUACAUAAAACGUGCACGAGCUGCUGAAAAUUCUAAGGAGUCUGCAAAGGAACUCAAGAAGAUGAUAACUUUCAACACUUUGGUUGUGACUGAGUUGGUGAAUGACAUUAAAGGGGAGUCUGCUGAUGUAUCAACUGAAGAGGUUGUAAAGGAUGUAACAAAAACUGAAGAUGAAGAAUGGGAUCUUCUUCCAACACUCAGAAAAACAAACCCUGACAAAGAACUUGUAAAAAAAAUGGGGAAGCCUGGUCAGAUGGAAAUUACUCUUAAAGAUGACCUUCCAGAAAGAGAUAGGACAGAUCUUUACAAGACAUACUUGCUUUAUUGCCUAACUGGUGAUGUGACGAAGAUUCCAUUUGGGGCCCAGAUCACUAACAAGAGGAAUGAUUCAGAAUAUGUUCUUCUAAAUCAGCUUGGUGGGAUUCUCGGUUUGAGUGGUAAAGAAAUAGUGGAUGUACAUAGAAGUCUUGCUGAGCAAGCUUUUAGGCAACAAGCUGAGGUAAUUUUAGCUGAUGGACAGUUGACAAAGGCAAAGGUGGAGCAACUAACUAAUCUUCAGGAGGAAGUAGGCUUACCCGAAGAAUAUGCUCAGAAGGUAAUCAAAAGUAUAACUACUACCAAAAUGGCAGCUGCCAUUGAAACCGCAGUGACACAAGGACGGCUGAAUAUUAAGCAGAUAAGAGAACUUAAGGAAGCUGGCGUUGAUUUAGACAACAUGGUAUCAAAGAACAUGAGAGAGUUGCUCUUCAAAAAAAGUGUUGGUGAUAUUUUCUCAUCAGGCACUGGAGAGUUUGACGAGGAGGAAGUAUAUGAAAAUAUCCCAUCAGAUCUCAAUAUUAAUAAAGAGAAAUCAAGAGUUGUUGUACGGAAGCUUGCAGAAACUAGGUUAUCAAAUUCACUCAUUCAGGCUGUGGCACUACUAAGACAGAGAAAUCAUAUAGGAGUGGUUUCUUCACUCUAUGAUAUGCUGGCAUGUGACAAAGCAGUUCACUCACAGCCACUGUCAUGGGAAUUGCCAGAGGAGCUUGCUGAUCUUUACACCAUAUUCAUGAAGAGUAAUCCAGCUCCUGAAAAAUUGACUCGCUUGCAGUAUCUGUUGGGCAUAAAUAACUCCACAGCAGCUGCUCUUCGUGAGUUGGGAUAUAGAUUAAUCAAGACUGCAGUGGAGGAAGAAGAGUUUGUAUUCUGAGUGGUGUAACAAAUUAAUUGUUGAUAGGCAUAUGGAACACGUGGCAACCAAUUUUGAUUUGUGAUUUCGUUUAAAGGGGAGAGUUUUGGAAUGAGAGUCAUGAUUAGAGAUUAUUUGAGAAGAGGUUAGAGCAGAUUUAUACGUACAGUUGGAAUUUCAGAUAGCCAAUUUAUUGAGAUAAUUCAAUUUAUAAACUCAAUGUUCUGAACAUUUAAAAAGUAUUGGAUAUAUAUGUUUAAUAGCAAGGAAGGCUGCACUAAA